AUGCAGACCAUCACCUUUCACUUUCAGGUUGCUCCUGCUGAGCUCGAAGAUCUUCUGCUUGCCCACCCUCUGAUCCGCGAUGCCGCCGUCAUCGGGGUGCCUAACAAGAAGACUGGCGAAUUGCCGAAAGCAUUUGUCGUACGAGCUUCGGAAGCGUUGACUGAAGAAGAUGUCAAGGCCUGGAUCAGCGAUAAGGUCUCCCCCUACAAGCAGCUCCGCGGCGGUGUUGAAUUCAUCAACGAAAUUCCAAAGUCAGCCGCCGGGAAGAUUCUACGACGUGAACUACGGGACCGAUGUAAAUCGAAAUUGUAA